AUGCAGAAGUCAGAACUCAAUUAUUAUGUUGCACUAAGACAUGUGGUUGGUCCAACUAAGAACACAGAAGGUGAUAAAACCAACCAACCAUGUACUAAGCUUUCCAGAAUAGAACAAAUGAAAAAACUAAAUUCUCUGCCAUUUUUUUCUGUUAUUGUUCUGCUUCUUCAUGUCUCUAACUCUCUGGCAACCUCAUCAAGAGAGUCCAUCUACCACACUUUUCUUCAGUGUCUUCAAAACCACACAAACCAACCAGAUCAUGUUUCCAACAUAGUCUAUGCCCAAACCAAUGCAUCCUACACCUCAGUUCUUCGAGCCUUUGCUAGAAAUGCCAGGUUCAGCUCCCCCUCCACCCAAAAACCAUUACUUGUUGUCACCCCUCUCAGUGAACACCAAGUACAGGCCAGUGUGGUGUGCGCCAAAAGUAUUGGUGUUCAACUCAAAAUCAGGAGUGGAGGCCACGAUUUUGAAGGUGUUUCAUACGUCUCCCAGGUACCUUUUGUCAUCCUUGACAUGUUCAAUUUUCAGAAUGUCACUGUGGACGUGCAAAAUGAGAUUGCUGUGAUUCAAGCUGGUGCCAGUCUUGGACAAGUUUAUUAUAGGAUUUGGGAGAGGAGUAAAGUUCAUGCCUUUCCUGCAGGGGCUUGUCCAACUGUAGGAGUUGGUGGUCACUUGAGUGGAGGAGGGUAUGGUAACAUGUUAAGAAAAUAUGGGUUAUCUGUUGACCAUGUUGUUGAUGCUAAAAUUGUUGAUGUCAAAGGUAGGAUUCUUGACAAGGCAGCUAUGGGGGAAGAUCUUUUCUGGGCUAUUAGAGGAGGGGGAGGAGCAAGUUUUGGAGUCAUCUUAUCAUACACUGUUAAACUUGUUGCUGUGCCAGAAAAGGUUACAGUUUUUCAAGUUGACAAGACUUUGGAGCAGAAUGCCACUGAUCUAGUGGUUCAGUGGCAGCAGGUUGCACCACACACAGAUGAUAGGCUUUUCUUGAGGCUUGUUUUACAACCUGUGCGUUCCAUUGUUGUGAAGGGACAGAAAACCAUCAGAGCCUCAGUUGAGGCUUUGUUUCUAGGAGAGGCUAAUGAGCUUGUCACAUUAUUGGGGAAGGAGUUUCCUUUGCUGGGGCUGAAAAAGGAACUUUGUCAUGAAAUGAGGUGGAUUGAUUCUGUGGUUUGGUGGGCUAAUUACAAUGAUGGCUCCUCAGUUAAUGCAUUGCUUGACCGAAACCAUUACUCAGUGCAUUCCAACAAAAGGAAAUCUGAUUGUGUUCAGACCCCAAUAUCCAAAAAUGGGUUGACAUGGAUAUGGAAAAAGAUGAUUGAGUUGGGAAAAGUUGGGAUUGUUUUCAACCCUUACGGAGGGAAAAUGAACGAGGUCCCUUCUGAUGCUACUCCGUUUCCUCACCGUGCAGGAAAUCUGUAUAAGAUUCAGUACACAGUGAGUUGGCAGGAACCAGAAGCUGCUGCAGAAAAAAUGUUUUUGAGUCAAAUUAGAAUGCUGCACAGUUACAUGACCCCUUUUGUGUCCAAGAAUCCAAGGAGUGCCUACUUUAACUACAGGGACCUGGAUAUUGGUAUCAAUAGUCAUGGUAAAGAUAACUACCAAGAUGGUCAAGUUUAUGGUAUUAAGUACUUCAAGAAAAAUUUUGAAAGGUUGGUGAAGGUUAAGAGUGAAAUUGAUCCAGAAAACUUUUUCUGGAAUGAACAGAGCAUUCCAUCAUAG